CAAGGAACAGCUACCAACCCGCACCCCCAUUCAUACGAUCCAUCCCCGCCACCGCUGGCAGAUCUGGGAGCAAUGUCCGCCUACGGUUGUUCCUCACCGUGCGCGCAGCAGGAGUUUCUUCAACUCAUCCAAUGCCCCCUGUGCGGCAAGCCCCUGCUGAUUUCCAUCACCCGCAAAGGCCAGCAUCCUGGAUCAGGUUCUACAAGUGCGUGGAUUACGACGAUGGUCUCUGCCCGCUCUUCGAGCUCCAGGACAAGUACGCCCGCCGCAUAGCUCAGUUGCCGCCGGCGCCCAUGCCUAAAGCUAUGCUGCUGGCUGCAGCGGUGGGCGGUGGCAACACCCCCAGCACGUGCCCAAGCGUGCGGAUGCGUGGAUCCCGCCGAACAGAUCGCAAGCCCCACGCCUACUGCUCGCCAGCACCGGGCAUCAAGCAGCAGGCUGAACACGCGCAAGCCAGCAGUUUUGCACGCAGAUAGCUCCAUGGCUGAUGCCAUAUCAAGUCAUGGCUGCUACCAGCCUCCAUUUCUGAUCCACCAUUCCACCGCUCAGCUUUUUGUGACGGACGCGAGCCACGGCUCGGCUCUCGCCGUCACCUACUUUUCAAAAACGCGCCCCGUGGACGACAGUAUAUCCCUGUUUCUUGCCGUAUUUCGUCAGACGACCCCAUUUUCUUAAACCAGUAUUUGUUCAGACAGACCCACUAGCCCGAAUCCCUAGAGGUGGACAUAGGACCAGGAUAAAGUGUCCAGAUGAUCCCGCUCUCAGUUACGCCGCUCUCCUGCAAUGGGAUUUUUUUCACCAUCCCAAACUCGAGCAACUCCGUGGUGUUGUAUAUUUGCCGGCCGCACCGGGCCGAACUUUGGUGACAUCUCUCGGAUAUUGUUGACCAAACCAAAGCCAAUACUAAAGAGUUUAGGUAUCAGAUAUUUCGAGCUGCUGACAUCGCAAGAGAGCAUUUUGCUGUAUCACCGGAUGUCGGGUUCCCAUGCCAUCGCUUUCGCUUCCUCCUGCACGUACUUAUCCAUGCUCGCCACCACCGACCCCCCGCCUUGUCACUUGUCGGCGGUGACCGGCCGGCAUGCCGUGGUGCUGCUUCGUGCGCCGAGACAAAAGCUCGCACCGCACGGUUCACGCCACGCACCACUUGGCCGCAUUCCGCGACAGCUUACCACUGAU